GUCAACAUGAAGGCUCUCCUCUCUCUGGGGCUCCUCCUGCUUUCUGUCACUGUCCAGGCCAAGGUCUAUGAACGCUGUGAGCUCGUCAGAACUCUGAAAAGCCAUGGAAUGGAUGGCUACUUGGGAAUCACCCUGGCCAACUGGGUGUGUUUGGCUCAGCAUGAGAGUGACUUUAACACACAAGCUACAAACUACAACAGUUGGGACCAAAGUACCGACUAUGGGAUAUUUCAGAUCAAUAGCCGAUACUGGUGUAAUGAUGGCAAAACCCCCAAUGCAGUGAAUGCCUGUGGGAUAUCCUGCAGCGUUUUGCUCCAGGAUGACAUCACUCAAGCCAUACAAUGUGCAAAGAGGGUUGUGAAGGAUCCACAAGGCAUUAGAGCAUGGGUGGCCUGGAGAAGCCACUGUCAAAACCAAGAUCUCACCCAGUACAUUCAAAACUGUGGGGUCUAA